CACAUCCUGCGGUCUUGAAGCGGAUGAACGCUUGCGGCCGGGAAGUGACCUUUUUCUACACCGGGUAGUAUCUCAUGGGAUCUUGACUCGAGACUUCCGACUUGGAGGUUAGGCGAGCGCGGUUUGACUCUCAGGUGAGCACCAUCGCCGCUCCUCAGCCGAAAGCCCGAUUUGGCAAGUGUCGCAUGGUGGAUGCUCACCCACUGCCUACCUACCUAUUCAAUUUAUCGAAUAGAGAACACUCGAUAGAAAAAAGUUGACAUGAGGCAACUACGGCUUUUCCACGGUUCUGGAGUUCGAGCAUGGACAGUAAGAGGAAGGCUCGGGACGAGUCGAGUUCGACAAGAGCUACCACAGCAGCCAUGGUGUAUAAGACGAGCAUCUUCCCUCAAAGCCAUGAGCACAUCUCAUGAGCCAACAUCAACACCAACGUUAACUCAAGCAUCAACACCGGAAUCAACAUCCAACAUGCACAUCGCCAAUUUCAACAAGAUUCGGAGCGUUCCGGCUGAGCCACGGCACAAGCAGGAACAGAACAGACUUCUUGGACAUGUCACGCAGUUCAAGCGCCACAGAGAACUCCUUACCUUGGCCAUCGAGACAUCCUGCGAUGACACGUGCGUUGCCCUCCUUCAGAGCUACGAGAGCACCGUGAGGACCGAGACACCUGAAAUGGUGGCCCGUCUACUCUUCAACAAGAAAAUCACGUCAGACCAGCGCCAGUUUGGCGGCGUCCACCCGGCUGUUGCCGUCGAGUGGCACCAACGCCAUCUCGCAACCCUGGUCGAAGAGGCCAUCCGGUCUCUUCCCGAAGGCAAAACGCCGGCCUACAAGAACACCAGACUGCCGUACCGGGCCCCGGACCUCAUCGCCGUCACCCGUGGCCCCGGCAUGCCGACCAGUCUGGCGACCGGCAUGGAAGUAGCCAAGGGUCUCGCUCUGGCCUGGGGCAUCCCGAUCGUGGGAGUUCACCACAUGCAAGCACACGCUCUCACGCCGCAGCUCGUCGAAGCUCUCGACCGCCCCCCUGCUCCCAGCGUCGCAUCAUCACCAUGGGAAGAACGCCAACAGGUCGAUGCCGAAGUAAAAACAGCCUCAAGACAGCAGGAAGAGGCUCAGCACCCCAACCUCGAUUACCCCUACCUCAACCUGCUCGUCUCUGGUGGCCACACCCAACUAGUCUACUCAGCCUCCCUGACGUCGCAUCUCAUCCUGUGUACGACCGAUAACAUCGCCCUGGGCGACAUGCUCGACAAAGCCGCGCGCAAGAUUCUUCCGCCCUCGAUGUUGAACUCGGGUCAAAAUGUCAUGUACGCCGCUGCGCUAGAGCGCUUUGCUUUCCCCCGCUUCCCCGCUGGCGCCGACGAGAGGGAGUACAACUUCAAGUACACCCCCCCAGCCACGCGGGCCGCCGAGAUCGAACAGCACAAAUCGCCGUACGGCUGGCACCUCUCGCCGCCUCUGUACGCCUCUAGGAAGAUGGAGUACAACUUCACCGGACUCGGAUCCCAAGCGCAGCGGAUUGCCGAAUCUCUGGACAUUUCUUCUUCGUAUGAGAAUCACACGGAACACAUCCUCUCGCUGGAGAACUCUCCCAAGUCCGGGUCCGACUUGGCGCCCUCACCCGACUCUUCCACCACUAUUCUCUCCCCCGCCCUCAAAGAGGAAGACCACCAGAUUGAGCAGCGCCGCUACCUAGCUCGCGCGACGAUGCAGCUAGCCUUUGAGCACCUCGCCUCGCGCAUUGUCAUGGUGCUCCAGCAGCAGGCCAAGACGUCGUGCGAGCAGCAAAAGGUCAAGACGCUCGUGGUAUCGGGUGGCGUGGCGAGCAACCAGUUUCUGAGGCACGUUCUCCGUCGCGUGUUGGAGGUGCGUGGAUUCGGACACAUUCGGAUUAUGGCUCCGCCUGUAAACCUGUGUACGGACAACGCGGCCAUGAUUGCGUGGACGGGGUCGGAGAUGUACAGGGCGGGUUGGGUGAGCAAAUUGGAUAUGUUGCCAAUUAAGAAGUGGAGCAUGAGUUCGACCGGCGAGCAGGGCGGGAUCCUGGGAACGGAAGAGAAACCUUUUUAUGUGAGGCGUUGAGCCGCGGCCGUACGGGCAGGAUUAACUGGGAGUAUCGCGACUGCUAGGUUGAGAAAGAACACAUGAUGUGUGCAUGGGUGAUGGGUGUUUGGGGCGCUAGUGUACUUUGCCAUCUCUUGUGUAUUAACAGUUCAUCUGUAUGAAAGCAGCAGUCAGAAGCGUAAAAUGUAUUAUUAUUAUUAUUG